ACCAGGACGAGACAAAAUGAGCCGAGCUGUGAUUGUUCUACUGUCACUGGCGGCCGUCGCCAUGGCCCAGGAAGCCUUCCUCGAGAAGUACAGCUUCACCAAGACAAUGGCCACUUGUUUCGGCGAGGGGGUAUACUAUGACUACUUGGCUAAAGUUGGCAUCGCCCAGAAAGAGUGCCAGCAUCUACCAGUCUCCAAUCUCCACAGACUCGACUUUUCUCUCUACUCACAACUGGGAUAUCCCUUGCACUUCGGAGGCGGAGACUCGUCUUUGUAUGUGCCCUUCCCCUCCUAUCACACAGCGCACACUGGGCAUCAAGGCGUACCACACGGCUACCAGUCACUUCACCAUUACAGAAAGAAACGCCAGGCCGAAUCAGCAGGGGAAACUGCAGCAGUUCCACCCCAGCAAGGCCCAGCACCUUUCUUCGACAAAUAUUACCUCUUGGACUCUGUCAACAAGAUCAUGGCUUCCCUCAGCAACUACACCUGCACUCUACAUAAACUUGAAGUUAUCGAUGAAUACCUGAACAUCAACAUCAAUCACCUGACCGCUCAAUACACCGGCCUGCCAAUCAGUGACGGAUUCAAGCAGGACCUAAUUGAUGGUCUCUACUACUGCAGGGAUUUGACGUACUGCCUGCCACUACAUAACACCCGCUCCCCUCUCCCCCUCAACCUCCAACGUCUCCUGAUGGCGAUGGAGUGCGAGAAGGAGACGAGAACCAACGCCUGCUUCAAGGAGGACCUCAGGAAGAACGUCGGCGAAUUCGACCUCUCGCUGUUCCCAGAGGAGGACGACCAGGAGAGUGUGCUGAACAAACUUUCGGCCAUUGUCACCGGAGUCGAUUCGCUCAACGAAUUAGAAAUUCUCUAAAAAUCGAGGACGAAUUCUCAUUUAUAUUUCGGUGUUAAUUCACCGGAGUGUGGAAAGAUAGACGAAAUACAGCAGCUGUGCUGCUGUCAAUACGAUGUUUAUGGAACCGGAAUGGCUGUAAAUUCGAGGAGGCUUAAUACACACGUGUUUGCUCAAUGACUUUCUGUAUUUGUAUGAAGCCUUUAUUAUCUCAC